GGACCCUGAUUGGUCUCUGCAGUUUCACAGGACACUCGAUUGGUAUAGCCUUGGAAACAGGAAGAGUAAUCGAGUCGAUAAACGCUUUUGGGCCUGUCUGAAGCUUGUUUGUUUACGUGGUCCAAAUGUCUUCAUUGUCGCUCUGUAUAGUCCUGCACUGAGUGUCUUGUCAUGGUGGAUGUUGGGAAGUGGCCAGUAUUUGCCUUGCUUCCGCCACAAGACAUCCGUUCAAUUCGUCUGGCUUGUGUCUUUGGCACAUCUGGCAAUGAGACCUUGUAUGUCACAGAAAAUGAUGAGGUAUUUGCCUUUGGUACUAACUGCAGUGGCUGCUUAGGAACUGGAGAUAUUCAGAGCACAAUUGAGCCCAGGAGAAUAGACAUCCUGUGUGGUAAGAAGAUUGUUCAUCUAAGUUAUGGGAGCGGACCCCAUGUGGUGCUUACAACUUCAGAUGGAGAAGUUUAUGCCUGGGGGAAUAAUGGUUACAGUCAGCUAGGAAAUGGGACAACAACUCAAGGUUUAUCACCAUGUCAGAUUUCCACCAAUUUGCUCCACAAGAAAGUUAUCGAGGUAGCCUGUGGAUCCCAUCAUUCCAUGAUUUUGACAUCUGAUGGAGAAGUUUACGCGUGGGGUUAUAAUAACUGCGGACAAGUUGGAUCAGGAUCUACUUCUAAUCAGCCAACACCACGGAGAGUGACUAGUUGCCUACAAAAUAAAGUGGUUGCAACCAUUGCCUGUGGUCAGUCAUCUUCUAUGGCAGUGCUGGAUAAUGGAGAGGUUUAUGGUUGGGGCUACAAUGGUAAUGGGCAACUUGGCCUGGGCAGUAAUGGAAAUCAGCCAACCCCGUGCAGACUGGCCGCAUUGCAGGGAAUUCAUGUGUGUCAGAUUGUCUGUGGCUAUGCUCACACUCUGGCACUGACAGAUGAAGGUUUACUUUAUUCCUGGGGAGCAAAUGCAUAUGGCCAGCUGGGCAGUGGUGUGAAAAGCAACCAAUCUUGUCCUGUGCAAAUCACUGUGGAUAGAGAAAGGAUUGUGGAGAUUGCUGCUUGUCAUUCCACUCAUACCUCAGCUGCUAAGACCCAAGGUGGCCAGGUCUACAUGUGGGGCCAGUGUCGAGGGCAGUCAGUCAUUCUACCACAACUCACUCACUUCUCUUGCACAGAUGAUGUGUUUGCCUGCUUUGCAUCUCCUGCAGUUACGUGGCGUCUCCUGUCUGUAGAAAGUGACAAUCACUUGACAGUGGCACAAUCAAUGAAGAAGGAGUUUGACAGCGCAGCAACCUCAGAUCUAAAAUUUCUCGUGGAUGGAAAGAUUAUCCAUGCUCACAAAGCAGUUCUCAAAAUAAGAUGUGAACAUUUCAGAUCCAUGCUUCACGAUGAUGAGGUGAUUGAGAUUGACCAGUUUAGCUAUCCAGUGUACCAUGCCUUUCUGGAAUACUUGUACACGGACUCUAUCAAUCUACCUCCUGAGGAUGCAAUAGGCCUUUUGGAUUUGGCAGCAUUUUAUGGAGAGAACAGCUUAAAAAAUCUUUGUGAGCAGACUAUUAAACAAGGCAUUUCUGUGGAGAAUGCAAUUACUUUAUUGUCAGCUGCAGUGAAAUAUCAGGCAAAGGGGUUGGAAGAGUUUUGCUUUAAGUUCUGUGUCAAUCAUUUGACAGCCGUGACACAAACACAGGGCUUUUCUGACAUGGACCAUGAGCUCUUGAAGAAUUUCAUCAGCAAGGCUGGCAAGCAUGGGGCAUUCCGGAAUUGAGGCAAGAAUGUGAGCAGAUACUGAAUACACUGGGUCUCCUAAUCAGUUUUCUCUCCCCUCAUCCUAAUCAGUUUAUCUGUCCCUACACCGUCAGAUGUCAACUCUGGAAGGAUUAGAGUUUCAUAUGUGUUAAUUGCAGUUGUGCCCAAGAAGCCAUUGUUUCAUUAUUAGCUUUAAACAGACUAUUCAAGUAGGGAGAUAUUACAGUUGAGCUCCUUGCUCAGCAUUUAAGAUUAUAUAAUUCUAAUGAGAGUUUGUUCAACAUUGUUUUGGGGAUGAUUCCUUUGACUUCUCCUCGUAACUGCUGCCUGUUGCAACAUCUCUUGCUGAGAGAUGGCAUGGGUCAGCAAUCAAACCUGCUUCCACAUAAAAAUAGUUCAGCUGCUCAUGGGAGGAAAUGUUUACUCAACCAUGGGGAGUUUAUGUUCACUUUGAAGAAAAGGAUCAACAUCACAAGGGUGAAACAUCAGAUUAUGAAAGUCAUUCUUUCCAUUUUUUUCACACAACUACCUAGCAAGGCAAUGGGAAAUACUUUUGAAUUCUGGUUUAAUGUAUAAUUCAGGACUAUGCAUCAUAGCUUUAAGAAUAUCCUUCUAGUUCAUGCAGUUGCUGAUUUCAUAACACUGUGCAUACUCCUAAAUAACAUGUUAUUCAUUUUUGGCAGAAUUUUGCUUUUCCUGAAUCAAUACAUUUUCAUCAGUCUAUACAAAAUGAAGGAUAUCCACAUGCCCCAGAUAACUCAAUAGAUCAAUUUAUUAAUCAUUGUGCCACAUGGAAAUACUAGAUUCCAGCCAAAGGUUCCUAGUGCUGUAUUAUUAGGCAUCCAAAUGAGGUGGAUAAACCUUAACUAGUCAUCAGAUGUGAUGGGGAGAGAGAAAGAGAGAUUUAGAAGAUGACUGAAGGGUUUCUGGACAUAAUUCCAGCAGGUAACCAUUUAUUAUCAGUUUUGAUGUAUAAUCAGAUCACUGUCCAUAAGUGAUUUAACACACUUGAAAUAAUAGAGUUGCAUCGAUGGUGAGCUGUUUUAGUAAACUGGUGCAAAUAAACAGCAUAAGUGAACAGAGUAGAGCUCCUGUUUUCUCUUUGAUGUAUGUUGCAGUCCCUUGCAGACGGUGGUUGGAACCUUCCAUUUCAUUAGGAAGGAAAUCAUUAUACUUCCGUUGACCAAUGUUUUAAAAUAGUUUCUAUUGUGACACUUUUUCUGGUUCCUUUUCUGUGGCCUAGACAUGGCAGAAUCUAAAUUAUAGUAAAUUAGAAACAGCCAUAAAAAAUUAAAUGUUUUUUUUAAGAAAGUAUCUUUCAUCCCCAGGGUAUGAGGUAGGUGGAGAGUGUAAGUGGUUGUAAUGAGUUCCCUACCUGGACCAGAUUGAGGCUGUUCAUCAAGGAGGCCUGGCCGACUGAAUGAACAGGAUGUCUGACAGCCCUGUUUAUAUCUGAGCUGGUACUAAGGGAGCUGGAUCAGUGUCAAUAACUUGCCACAUGUACAUGUGAAGGGUGACUUGGUGAUGGGAUACUAGCCUCUGUUGCAUUAUUUAAAUAUCAUUUCUAGAUGUUGUGAAUUGGUGUUAGUAUUACUGCUGCGUUGCCAAUUUUGUUUCUCUGAAACUUGUGGGCAAACUGAGGAGUUGUUA